CGCAACCGCGAGUCGCAGCCUUGAUUCCAGAACUCAUUGCGAAUACGAACCCUUCAAAUAAUUGUUCUUAUCAAAAGUCCAAUGUAGACUGUUUUAGCGAUCUGCAUGGCAGAUUCAAUCGGUCCGCACCCGACAUAAUACACGCCGAGACUCGAAGGACGCUUUCAGCGUCACCUUGUCCCCCAACAUUCCAAGACGAUGGACGUUAUGGACAUAUCCUCUUGGCUAGGUAAGCCGCCAGUGAAUCAGAAGGCCGAUCAGGAUGCUGGCAAGGAGACCGCGUCGCAGGGUUCACGCGGCUCUGAUAUCGAAAGCGCAGUGUCAGCACCAAGUGUUAGCAGCAGCGGUGGUGACAUACAGCACAUUGAGGAGAAUCCGAUACCCAUGAGCGGCGACGGUCGUGGAAGUCCUGCAGAAGAUCUAUCGAGUGAGGAUGAACUUGUUAGGUCUAUUGUCACUCGUCUACAGCACAACUUCUACAUCGACGUCCCGAAGCUGUCAGAGGAAGAGAAGGAGGAAUAUGAACAUCUACCGGGCCAUUUCUCGGUCCAGAAGGUGCUUGAAAAACUCAAGGGCGACAAAUAUCUCGUGAGGCUGAAGAGUGACGAGCAAGAUCUUGUCUCUUCACGCGAGCUACGCGGCCUUAAUAACGGCUCUGCUUCACUUCGAGAAUUCCAAAAGCGCGGCGAGUCCAAAUCCAAUAGAAGAGGCUCGCGCAAACCGAUGGCAUCAGGAAUGAUGGACUGGAGCACGAUGAACCUCUCGGAGUCAGACGAAGACGAACGAUCUCGCCCGCGUCGACGUCGGUUUAGGGCCAACGACAGCGAGGUCUCUGAACAGGAGAUGAGAGAUGAAUCGGAAACAGCCGCGGAAGAACUUUCAGAUGCUCCUCACACUCGCGGCAGACGCUCAGCGCGUCUCACCUCGAAGACAAAGACUGCUUACUUCCAAGAAGAAUUCGUCCAACUCGAUGAUGACUCUGACACGCCCCGUCGGCGAAAGGGUCGGCCCCGUCAGUCUGCGCUUAAACCUUCGAGAGGACGAACACGACCAUUACGUGCCACCAGAUCCAGAUUCUCUUCUUCUUCCGAGCCCGAAGCUGGCAAGCGCCGGUCGGAAAGAACACGUGCAAAGCCUCAACAUAGCAUGCGCGAACGGCAGGAAGACGACAUUUCCAGCCUUGAAGAGGAGAAGACGGCUCCUAAAGUCAUCGGCACAAAAGAACAUUUUCUUCGUCUUUCGGAACACGAUCCUUUUAGGAAACGACAUCGUCAGGACUGCGAUACCUGCAACUACACUGGUGACGAUCCCGCCAAAGGGCCACUUGUAUACUGCCAGGGAUGUACGAACUCUUACCACAAGUCUUGCUUAGGCCCCAGAGGGAGCAGAGAUCAUCUGGUCACGAAAGUAGGCGACGAUUUGUUCGUCCUUCAGUGCCGGCGAUGUAUUGGUCUUGCUCAUAUAAAGGACGAGUUGGCGCCUCACCAGGGUCGCUGUGUUGUCUGCAAUGAGCUGGGCCCCUGCUCUAGGCCAUUGCGCAACCGCCUUACCACUCGGCAAGAGCAAGUCCAGAGAGAAGAGAAUGGCGGGAAAGAUCCAAUUACCAUUGUCGAGCCGAGCAUGAUCAACAACAUUGCACGCGUCAUGUUCAGAUGUGCGCAGUGUAAUCGUCCAUGGCAUAUGCAUCAUCUGCCACAGCGCAAAACAGCCCAUUCACUUGAUGACGACGAUGACGAAGAAAUGCUAGACAAAUCCGAACUCGCACAGAGGCGCUUUGAGCAUUACCACAGAUCGUGGACUUGUAAAGACUGUAUCGAGAAUCAACACCAGAUUGAUACUCUGGUAGCUUGGAGACCUGUCGAUCUUGAGGCCUACGUUCCAGGAACUACAGUCGACCAAAUGGAAGAAAACGAAAAGGAGUAUCUAGUGAAAUGGAGAGCUCAAUCGUACUUCCGCACAAAUUGGAUGCCCGGAACCUGGGUCUGGGGAAUCGCUGUGGGUACCAUGCGUACGGCUUUCAUGAAGAAGCCCGAAAACCAACUGCCAAAAAUGACCACCGCAGAUGCGAUUCCAGAAGAGGUCUUCAAAGUUGACAUCGUCUUCGACGUUCGCUACUCAAGCGUUGUCAGGAACAGCACGAAGGAAAUCGACCUGGCCCGAGUCAAAGAAGUCGACAUGGCCUUUGUAAAGUACAAAGGUCUGGGUUAUGAAGAUGCCAUAUGGGAGAAGCCGCCGGUCUAUUCUGAUACCGAACGUUGGAACGACUUCAAAGAAGCAUACGAAGACUACGUUACGAAACUGCACCUUUCGAUACCCGCUCAAUCCACGUUGAGGCGUCAUUUGGUCCAGGUUCGGGCAAUGGACUUUCAGAAAACCCUGAUCAAAAAGAAACAACCGUCCAUUGUGACUGGUGGUGAAUUGAUGCAGUACCAGCUGGAAGGCCUGAAUUGGCUCCUUUUUCAAUGGUAUCAGAAUCAGAAUGCCAUUCUAGCAGACGAAAUGGGUUUGGGUAAGACCAUCCAGCUCAUCUCCUUCUUUGCUACACUGGCUCAAGAUCACAAAUGCUGGCCGUUCCUCGUAGUUGUGCCAAACGCUACUGUUCCCAAUUGGCGCCGAGAGGCCAAGAAGUGGGCACCGUCUCUCAGAGUCGUGACCUACUAUGGCUCUUCUAUGGCCAGGCGAUUGACACAGGAAUACGAAUUAUUCCCCAAGAACAAGGAUGAAGAAGAAAAGCAAAAGCAGAAGAAAAAUCGGCCCGAAGCCAAAGACAUUAAAGCUCAUAUUGUUGUCGCCUCCUAUGAGUCUAUCGUCGAAGACUCGGUACGCAAAAAUCUCAUGAGGGUACCAUGGCAAGCUCUAGUAGUCGACGAAGGACAACGUUUGAAGAGCGAUCGGACGCAGAUCUACGAUGCAUUGUCCAAGUUCCGCUUUCCCUUCAAGGUCUUGUUGACCGGUACGCCGCUGCAGAACAAUGCUCGCGAGUUAUUCAACCUCCUCCAAUUCUUGGACCGAAGCGUGAAUGCUGCAGAACUUGAAGCAAAAUAUGCCAAUCUCACGCAAGAAAACGUUCCGGAGCUGCAUGAGACUCUUCGCAAGUUUUUCCUACGACGAACCAAAGCACAAGUCUUGACCUUUCUCCCACCGAUGGCUCAAGUGAUUGUGCCAGUAAGCAUGUCGAGCGUGCAAAAGAAGGUGUACAAGUCCAUUCUGGCGAGGAAUCCACAGUUGAUGAGAUCGAUAUUUGCCCGGGACGGCAAUAUUCCUCCUAAGGAACGGACAAAUCUGAACAACAUCCUCAUGCAACUCCGCAAGACACUCUGCCAUCCUUUUGUCUACAGCCGUGAGAUUGAAGAGCGGAAUGUUGACAGCAUGACUGCAUUCCAGAAUCUGGUGGCAGCCUCGGGAAAGUUACAACUGCUUUCGAUCAUGUUGCCAAAGCUGCAUGAACGCGGACACCGUGUGCUCAUGUUUAGUCAAUUUCUCGACAAUUUGGAUGUCGUUGAGGACUUCCUGGAUGGACUAGGACUGCAGCAUCGUCGUCUUGAUGGCAUGAUCUCUGCUGCUGAGAAGCAGAAACGCAUUGACGAGUUCAAUGCUCCCGAUUCGCCUUACUUUGCAUUUCUGCUCUCCACUCGAGCCGGCGGUGUUGGUAUCAACCUGGCGACGGCAGACACCGUCAUUAUCCUGGACCCAGACUUCAACCCUCAUCAAGACAUUCAAGCAUUGUCACGAGCUCAUCGAAUCGGUCAAAAGCAAAAGGUCUUAGUAUUCCAACUCAUGAUCCGGAACAGCGCAGAAGAGAAAAUCAUGGCGAUUGGGCGUAAGAAGAUGGCUCUGGAUCAUGUACUGAUCGAGCGGAUGGAUCGAGAGGAUGAGGCUGGCGAUGAUCUGGAGUCCAUUCUCCGGCACGGUGCCCAAGGGCUUUUCGAAGACGAGUCUGGUGCUGACGAUAUUGUCUACGAUUCCGCUUCCGUCGAUCGUCUCCUGGAUCGAUCCCAGAUUGAGGACACCAAGACAAGUGAGGAGAAAUCUGCCGAGUCUCAAUUUAGUUUCGCUCGCAUCUGGGCCAACGACAAAUCCAGCCUUGAGGAAGACAUGCCUGACACGGGCAGCAACACUCCUAAUCCGGGAAUCUGGGACAAGAUUCUCCAAGAACGCGAACGAGUGUUCGCAGAAGAGCAGGCCAGGAAGGAAGAGGCUUUCGGCCGGGGCAAACGCAAGAGACACGCUGUCGACUAUGGUGGUACUGGUGACGGCGAACCCAUGGAACAGGUGGAGGCCCCAGGUAAAGGCCGUGGAAGACCCAAGAGGCAGGACCCGGACUAUCAGGAGGCCCCAGAAGUCGAAGAAGAAUCUGUCGAUGACUUGAGCGCCGAUGACUCGGAUGUCCGACCCAAGCGGACCAUUCAAGGUAGGACAGCAUCUACGCCUCGACGUCGCCGAAACUGAUGGAAUGAUUGUACAGCGCGGCCCUUUAAACGAGUCAGAGUACCCCUUGGACAAGCACCUCAUUUUAAUGGAGAUGCCGCAUAUGAUUUCGGCCCGGUCCACAGUAUGCCCCCAUUGCACCAAUGCUCUGCAUGUGGUGAGCAGCAUCCUAUGGGUUGGUGCCGACUGAAGGUCGCGGGCGUCGAGCAUUGUGGACUAUGCGGGAUUGCCCACCUUGGUCAUGGCAGAACUUGUCCUCAUCUGAAUGACAAUCGACAAGUUGCGACCCUGCUGCAAACCUUGAAGGAAAGCACGGAGAGCCGUGAAUUGAUUGAGCAGGCCACGAGAUAUCUGAGGGGCAUUCGGGGAGAUCUCAUGCAGCGAAAGCGAGCGCAGGAACUUGGAGAACAGGCCAUGGCAGGUGGGCCGCUGCAGCAGCAGCAGCAACCUCUCCGACCUCCGUCUAUUAUGCAAAUGCGACCGGCAUGAAGUGGAAGAGAGGUUCAACAAGAACCUUUGUGUGUAUAAUAGACGUGUGUGGUUCCUAUUCCAGGAGAAGGUGAACAUAGUGAUACCCAGCUCGUGCUUGAUAGCAUGACAUUGUACAUUUUGGGUUCGGGAGUUUGAAAGCCGCCAUGAUAAUCCACGUCAAAGUGGGAAGUAAU